AUCUCCGUAUGUAAACCAAAAUCUCGAACUCUUGAUGAAACGAAAAUGUCCAGUUUCAAGAAAGCCACGGAUGACCUACGCCCCCCGAACCCCAUGGUAGCUGCAUCCGAGAACAAAGAGAACGAAUCGCCCAAUAAGCCCAGAAAGUGCGGUCUUGCUACUAAAGAGAGAGCUGUUCGAAACAGCAAGUUGAAAGACGGAGCAUUGAAGCCAUCUUCACUUCAACUGUGCAUUAAGAAGCAUGAUUCCGAUUCGAAUUCAGGGAAUCUAUGGGACCAUUCAGAUUCCGAGGCGGCUCCGGCUUCUUCUUGGUCUACUCUACCAAACAGGUCAUUGAUCUGUAGGCCUUUGCCUGUGGAUAUAGGGAGGUGUACCUGUGUUAUUGUGAAGGAAUCAUCUCCAGAUGGGUUCUGUGGAGGCUCUCUCUACUCACUCUACACCUAUGAGGGUCAAGGAAGACAGAAUCGGAAGCUUGCGGUAGCUCAUCACAGAAGGCGAAACGGGAAAUCUGAGUUCAGAGUGGCUCAAAAUUUCAAGGGACUAUUAAUGAGUUCAGAAGAGGGUUUGGUUGGGAAUGUAACAGCUAAUCUUAUGGGAUCAAAGUAUCACAUUUGGGACCAGGGGACACUAAACUCUGGACCCAAACAAUCCAAACUAUUAUCAGCCGUUGUGAGAUUUUCUUGUACUGUGGCCACAUGGAUUGGGAGUUAUAGGAGGAUCAAAGCAUGGUUGCCAAAGCACCAAUCCAUGCAGUUGAAGAGCAGCACAACACAGAUCCAACACAUUAAUGGAUUGCCAAUAGAUUGGCAGGAGCAUAUGGGUAAUAGUGUGCACCUGCAGCUGCUCUCAAGGGUUCCCCACUUCAACAAGAUUUGGAAACAGUAUGAAUUAGACUAUAGAGAUGGAGGAAUACCUGGUCUCAGUGUCAAGAGCUCAGUGAAAAACUUUCAACUGAUGUUGGAGAACAAUGGAAGGCAGACAAUACUACAACUAGGGAGGGUAGGGAAAUCAAAGUAUGUGAUGGACUAUAGGUAUCCACUAACUGGCUACCAAGCAUUUUGCAUUUCCUUGGCUUCCAUUGACUCAAAGCUUUGCUGCAUGGUGUAAUCUAAAGUUCCACCUCGGACCUUAUACCUUAACUUUUUGUUUAACUUCGUUUGAGUCUUUAGCAGAGUCCUCAUGCCAAUUAUAUGGGGAAUUAGGUUAUUAGGGGGAAACUUAUAAGUAGCAGAUAAGUAGUUUGAAG